CUCUCUUCCAAAGGUUUUACUUUUAUUAUAAAAUAUAUAUUUAUACUAAAAUUACAUCACACUUAUUUCAAGAACCAACCGUUGUGCUCUCUCAUACGGUCACACACCUACUCUCUUUACUCAAGAUUCCUGAUGCUUGAACCAAAAAAGUACUCAUCUUGACGGAAACCCAUGAUUUCUUUUGCUUCUUUUUGUGUAAUUUUCUCAGUUUUAUUUACAACAAUCCCAUCGGUGAAAUCUCAAUCAUUACGACCCACCGGUGAAAUCUUUUUUUCACCAAGAUUUCUUGAUUCCGUUCUCCAAGACUAUGCUUUCCGAGCACUUUCCCGGCACCGUCCAAGGACCGGAGUUGUCUACGACGGUAAUGUGCCGUCUAAUUUGACUGGAAGUACCGUCUCUGCCCUCCGCCUGAGAAGUGGUAGCUUGAGGAAAAGAGGGUUUCAUGGGUACAAAGAGUUUGAUAUUCCCAAGGGCAUCUUGGAGAAUCCGUACGUUGAGAGGGUUAUUUUGGUCUAUCAUAAUUUGGGUAACUGGUCGUCGGUUUACUAUCCUUUACCAGGCUAUUCGUUUUUGUCGUCGGUGGUGGGUUUAUUGGCUUACAAUGCAGUUAAUUUGACAGCAAAAGGGUUGCCGGAGCUGGAUCUCCGGACUUCGGAAAACCCCAUUUUGAUAAAGUUCGAAACUUUGGGGGUUGCGCCAGAUGGGGUUUUGCCAAAAUGUGUGUUUUUUGAUUUAUUUGGUGGAGUUGCGUUUGAUCGUGUGCAAAAUGGGAGCAUUUGUUCGACUGUAACACAAGGGCAUGUUGGUAUAGUGAUAGAAGAGAGGACCCCGGCGCCAGUGCCGGCGCCGCCAAAAGUGCCGGAGUAUCCUAUUGCUGGUGGCGAAGGUAGUGGUGGUGGCGGAGGGAGGAAGAAAGGGUGGUGGGUUGGUGGUUCGGUAGCCGGUGGGGUUUUGCUGGCGACGGUCUUGGUGGUGUUGGUGUUGUGGGUGAGGUGGUGUAGCGGGAGGAAGAGGAUAGGGAAGAUGAAAGCUGCAGCGGAGGGGGGUGCUACGUUAGCGGUGACCGCCGUUGGUCGUGCUAAGGUACCGGUGGCGAUGGGUACUCGGACAAAACCAGUUUUGGAAAAUGAAUAUGUAAGCUAGAUUAUUAAUUCCAAAUAUAAAUUUUUUAGUCAUAAAAGUAAACAUUCAAUUUCCACAAAGUGUUCUACACUCUACACUUUAGUGGCAGUUAUAUUUAUUUUAAUUGGUUUUUAAUAAUCGUUUCAUCAUUUAUUCUCUUGA